AUGCUUGCCGACUUUGAUAAGGCCAGUGGAAAGAUUGGUCUUCGACUAAAUCUCACAAAAGCGAUGUUCAUGAGGAACGGAUUGAUUUCAUAUACUCCAUUCAUGCUCAACGGAACGAGUAUCUCCGAAUACUCCAGUUAUAUCUAUCUAGGUCGGGAAAUCAAUAUGAUGAACGACCUAGUACCGGAGCUGAGAAGAGAAAAGCGAACGGCUUGGGAAGCUUUCAGGAGCAACGAGGAUGUAGUGAAGAGAACAAUGAACACCCGAUUCCGUGCCCACCUUUUCGACUCUAUGAUACUUCCUGUUGUAACGUAUGCGUCAGAAACGUGGCCGGUGCGUAAGCAGGGUGAAGAAUCUCUUAGCGUUAUCGAACGUGCAGUCGAAAGGAAGAUGCUAAUUGCAUCCCGUUUCACACAAGUAAGGGAUGGGAUCCGAAGCUCCGGGCUGCGUCAACGAUCAAAAACCAAAAAUACCGUUCUGUAUGCCAAACAGUCGAAGAUAAGGUGUGCGCGCGACACAUAA